AUGGACCAAGCACGCUCCUGUCCAUAUGAAUCACUGGCCCUGUUGAACACGCCUAACUCUCGCAAAGAAAUCACAGAUAUUGGCAGCCUACCGUACACGAUCGUCCGCCCCAUUCUCCUCAAGAUCGACUCAGCAGCUCAGCUGCGCGCCAUCGAGGAAGCUUCACCCCACAUCGAGGUCGACGACGCCGAAUGCUGGAUUCGCCUCAUAGAGCGCAAGUUUCCGGUCCUUCACAAUCAGAACCAAUUCGAGCCUCGCAAUCCCGCAUCAUGGCACAAGGUGUACGCCAGAUAUGCCCGGAUGGAUGCCGAGCAAAAGGCUGAGGCCGAGGCGAAAUUGAAGAAUGCAUUCGCGGGCAUUCAGCGCCAGAAGCAGGCCAACACCAGCGCUGUCCAAUCAUUCGCCCAGAGCAGACUGCCUAAGCCGCCCAAGGACAUGAGAGGUGACGCAAAGAAGUCGACCAGUGGUCGAAGGGGAGGCUCCAACGACACCGGAGAGCUACGAUUCACGGGAGGCUCGAGAACCAAGACGAACACUGCAGCGAGUGUCAUGCGAAGAGUCAAGCGGGAGGCUGCCGAGAUCCGCGCUCGCAACAAGCUCAUGACCCCCAACGGCGCCCUCAUCGUGCGUCAGGGCCAGAUCAAGCAGGCACCGAAGGGCAUGGUACACGAGCAACAGAUCAAGAAGAAUCCGGAAGUCAAAGCCCAGCCCGUUGCAACCUACAGCAGGGAAGAUGAGUUCCGCACCCAAGUCAUGGAGGAGAGGGAGGCUCGAUUGCGCAAGUUGAAGGCUCAAGGUAAGACAUCGAGCAUCAUCGACGAUUCGGAUCUCGAGGAUGAGGAUGCGGACGACGUCUUCGGUGGCUACACCGGAGGCAGGCUGAACGUUGACGACCUGGAGGACCAGUUCGAGGACGACGAGCCGGCAAGACCUUCUCCAGCCAGAUCAAGUUCCACUUCGGCUCAGACUCACAGACCAGCUGCGCUGCCUGGAAAGAAGAAAGGACUUCUAUCGAAUGCCUUCAAGCCUUCGGCAACUACAGUCCAGAGAUCAGGACCCAGCUCAAGCACCCCAGCUCGUUCUACGCCAGGCCUCUCACCGGCCACACAUGGAUCACCCCCCAAGCCAAAGGCGGCAUCUACAGCGCGACCAUUAGCGGCAUCAGCCUCGCCGCCGCUUGCGCCCACGAGCCCCCCGAAGCCAUCGGCCUCGACGAACGGCCCCUCGGGAAGUCCUGAGCUCAAGCCCAGGAUGCCGGUGAAGCGAAAACCGGUGGACGUCUUCAUGAAGCCCAAAUCCAAGGUGCAGCGUCGUUGA